GUUAUGUUUGGGGCUGGGGGGGAAACGAAAGAAACAAAGGGUGAGAGAGAGAGAGAGAGAAUAAUAGACAGACGAGAAUGAGAGCCCGCCAUUGACGACCUUCUCGAGCUUCGUCAAGCUCAUCCGUGCUUCUCUUUUCUAUCUCAUGAGCUUCUAAUUGAUUCUCUAGCUCCUCGUCAUUGACGAUUUGGUGUUCCUCUUGCUUAUUCUUGCUAGUUUGGAUUCGUUAUGAUGUCGAGGAGCUCGCGGAUGACAGAGGCAUCGAAUGGGGAAAAGCUUCGCUGCAUCGAAUGAGGUUACGAGAUAGCUUAGAUAAGCUUCUAGCUGCACAUGAGAACUUUUUAGAUAUCAGGGAUCAGCUUGGAGGACUAUGUGGGGACUUUAGUUAUUUAAUAUGUAUUCUUUUUGUAUAGAAUGUAUUUGAAUAUAUUACGAUCUAAAAUUUUUAUUUAGUUGGUUUAGUGAUAUGACUCUCUUAUAAUAUAUAUAUAUAUAUGUGUGUGUGUGUGUGAGAGAGAGAGAGAGAGAGAGAGAGAGAGCUUGCUGGAUUGGUUAUAUGUUUUUGGGAGUUAUGGAAAACAGAUUUUUAUGUGAAUAAUUCAUGUGAUAAUGGAUAUCGAGAAAAUAUAGGGGAAAUUCUGCUGAAAUUUCGGGUCGUGACAUAAUUAAGACUAAUUAGACCUAAUCAAGCAAGAUCUCUAAUAAUAGGAAGUCAAACGCACCUAAUGAGGCCUAAUCGAACAACAAAUCAUCAAAUUAGCUCCCUUAAGCUUAACUUAUAGAAAAUUAUAGAAUAUUACAAAGCCCAAUUUUAUGCUAAUUUCACCUAAUUAAACUAAUUCAAGCCUAAUUACUCAUAGCCAAGUUCGCGAUUAAGCCGAUUACACAUGAUUUUAAGCCUAAUUAGACCCAAUAGAACUUAAUCACCACAUAUACAAGCUAAUUAAAGCUAAUUCCACGUAACUUCUCUCCCCUAGUUGAGAGCUUCUCUCUCUAAACCUUCCCUUUGUUGGAAGCUUGUUCUUCUUCUCCACCUUCCUCUUCCCCUUCUCUGCUACAUUCCUCAUUCUAGCAAGACCGCCUGAUCAAAGAAUCAUCAACAACUCCCAACUAAACAAGAUCUCCAAAUGGCCACUACACUAAAUACUUCCAACUACCUCGCCCGUCAUCAAUCUCCUAUGCUUUCAGCUCAACCAUUUCCCCACGAAAACAACUCUCAAUCAACUUAGCAAUUACUGCUACCAACUGCAUCAACCAUUUUCAUCACCGACUUCCAACUGAAAAUGACAGUCUCAACUGCAUCACAUUCAUUCCAUUCCCUAACAUUCCUUACCUACAUUUACUAUCGAUAUUCAUUUUCCUCUCCAUCUCAGAAGAAACCCCACCAAAAUCGCUCCGAAACCACUUACAGCACCAACCUGCCCCCUCCCCAAAAUCCUACCUGCAAACACAAGCCAUCCUACCAUCUCCAAUGGAUCCCACAGAUCUCGACAGCUCUCUUACUGAAAUGUUCAACACAAGCAUGACUUGGAGUCACAAUCAAGCUGUCCUGGAACUUCCAAUAAAUGAAGAAGUACUGCAAGACACUAUCCCUCUGACUCUCCUCAUCAAGCCUUUCGGCUUCAAGCCUCCACCUCCAAAGGCCAUCAUUCCCCGUCUUCUGCAAGCCUGGAACACAAAAAAAGGGGUUAUUAUUGCUCCGAAAAAAUAUGCAGAAGAUCUCUUAAUCUGCCUUUUCAAGGAUAAAAGGGAUAUAAAAUCUGUUGAGCGAGAGCGUGCCUGGUCAGCACAAGGUGCUCAUCUGAUGAUCUCUCGCUGGGAUAGAGGCCUUUCACUGGAAGAAGUCAAAUUUGACAGCGUUUCUUUCUGGAUUCAAAUCAUAGGAAUUCCGCCGGAACUUCUCUCCGCAGGCAACAUCACCAAUCUUGCAAUGCGAGCAGACAGGGUAGUUGAAAUUGGCUGGAAAGACUCUCCAUCCCUACCUAAGUGGUACAUUACCCCGAAAGCCCUGGUGAGAGUCCCAGUCACAAAACCCAUAUGUCCUGGAAGCUUCAUCAAUAGGAAAUCAGGACCUGCAACUUGAGUCUUCUUCAAGUACGAAUUCCUAAAAACCUUAUGCUAUGAUUGUGGAAUCUUAGGACAUUGUCAGCACCUAAUUUCGGUCCUUCGGCUCCGAGGGGGGCAAAAUUGUCAUUUCCUAAUUUAUC